AUGGCACCCAUGUCCCCGAGCAUGGAAAGCGCAGCAGACUCACUGCAGGAGAGUGCCCAAGAUGAAGCACUGGCCCAAAUAAGGCAAGAAUUGGCUAUGAUUUUGGAGCAUAUGCUCACUAAGGUGGACAAGGGGGGCCUACUGGAGGAGUUAAGGGCUGCGGUGCGGGAGGAGAUCUCAGCCCUACGCACAGACCUGACCGUGGUGGAAGUGAGGGUGGAAGCCCUAGAAACAGAGGCACAAGCAAGCCAUACACAGCACAGAGCCGCCAGGCUUGCAUUCACCCACAAGGGCAACCUCCUCCUCACCUUGCACCUCAAAAACUGCAGCCGCUGCCAAAACAUCAGGAUUUAA